AUGGCAAAUCUUCACGGCCCGGUGGAUAUCGGUGAUUACCUUCAAGAGUUUCUCUCCUCUAUUGAUGAUCUUCCCGGUGAAAUCUGUUUCCUACUCACUGAGCUUCAGAGCAAAGACCAUGAAUUUCAGAAAGUACUGCGAAAUAUACACAAUCGGCAAGUGAAGAUGUUUAGCAUUCAACGCAAGACGGCCGAUAAACCGGAUGCAAGUUUUAUACCGAUAGAGGAGGAAACGUCUUUGAAACGUGAGGUGCAACGAUACCUGAAUCGAGCCGAGCAGUUGGUGGAAGAAAAGGGAGAACUGGCCGAUCGGGCUAAACAACUAAUAGAAAAACAUUUGAACCACUUGGAUCAAGAUCUUGAGGCCUUAUAUCCGCAUCACAAUAUCCGAAAAGCAAGUGAACGAGAAGCGGCGGCAUGGAUUGCCAGAAUCAGUGCGGCUUCGUCCAACUCGCUCAUGCAAUGCAACGACUUCGUAACUCCGACUUCCCAUUCCCAUACCACGUUUUUGCCAUUGGAUAAUUACGAUCGCGGCCGAUCGCAAGCGGCCCGACGAAAACGAACCAUGCCUCCAUCAACGAUCCCAAACUCCUAUGCACGAACGCACGAUACCAUGAAUGAUUGGUAUGCAUUUCCCCACGAAAAAGCGACAUUUGAAUAUCAAAGACAACCCAUCCAUCGCCCUCCGUACCAAAAUGGCGCCUUGCGAUAUAAUCAGGGCACUUACGAAUCGUAUCACGUACCCACCGAAUAUGAACAUGUGUCACCCGACGAUGAUGAGAAAUAUUGUAUAUGUCAAACCAGUAGUAACGGACUGAUGAUCGCCUGUGACAACGAGCACUGCUCUACAGAGUGGUUCCAUCUUGAAUGUGUAGGUCUUACUGUACCGCCUGAAGGAGUGUGGUAUUGCCCUGCAUGUCAUCUUCGUGCUUCGUUUGGCAUGAUGGAUUACCUAUCGGACGACCGACAAGAAAGAGAUUCACAGCUGGGUGCCGAGAUCAAGGGUGAAAUCUAG